AUGUGCCACUUUCAGGUCUCCUCACACUGCUGGUGUGUUCCAUUUUUUGUCAUAGGGUGCUGGCAGAUUACGGGCCUCCAAUAGCUGCUGCCAGGCCCCUAAUCUGCCAUGGGCCCCUGUACCGCCUCCUCAUGCUGCUGCCAGGUCCAUAGUCUCUCAUGGGUCCCUGUACAGCCUCCCAUUGCUGCUGUCUCCAUCGCCACACUCUGCCAUGUGCCACUUUCAGGUCUCCUCACACUGCUGGUGGGUUCCAUUUUUUCAUAGGGUGCUUUAUGGCCUCCCAUUGCUGCCUGCCUCCACCGCCACACUGUGGCUCCACACUCUGGUUUUGGCCCCGUGACUGCCCAAAUGAGUGAAGUCUUGCGGUGAUUCUUAAGAUCAUACCACCAUCAUC